AUGGUGAAGAUGGUAGCUUUCCGUCUAAAAGCUACAGCGGCUGUAUGGUGGGAUCAAUUGCAAAAUCUACGGCAAAGGCAAGGAAAGCAGCGGGUUCGUACAUGGCGGAAGAUGAAGCCGCUUAUGAUGGAACGGUUCUUGCCCACGGAUUAUGAGCAGAUUCUAUACCGUAUGUAUCUAGGUUGUGCACAAGGCAACCGUUCGGAGGUGAUUAACAUGGCGUUGAAAGCUGAACUGUUGGAGAAGGAGAAGCGCCAAACCAACUUCCGCAAGAACACGACAGAAGCCUCUGAAUAUGCUACUGAUGCUUCAAGUGGCUCAGGAGAUAAGGGGAAAAGGGCAGCAGCAGAAUCCUGGAGGAUCGCCAAAACCAACAACAGUUGGCCAAAACAAAAAUUUCAACGAAGGCAGCAGCCGGACUUUCAACAGAGGGCAGUCCCGACAUCAGUCCCAGAAUCCGUAUGCUAA